UUUUAUUAUUUACUAACGAAAUCCCAACGAAAUGGGAAGAGGAAAACAGACAUGUGAAGGUAAACAACACUUCAGUCAUCCACACAUGUUGAAACCAAUUGUGAAUCCAACCGAAACACUUACUUGCAAUGCUUGUGAGCAACCAAACAUUACUAGUAAUUUCUAUGGUUGCAACACCUGCCAAUAUUUCCUCCACAAAAACUGCCUCAACGCUCCGCGUUUCCUCCAUCACUCAUCUCAUCCAUCCCACCACUUGACCCUUCUCCCAGCUCCAACUUACUCGAAUCGUUCUUUUACUUGCAAGGCUUGUGGCUCUGCUGGCAAUGGUUGUAGCUUUAGCUGUGCCUUUUGCGACUUUGAUAUCCAUAUGCAAUGUGCCCUUUUGCCCCAAACUGUUGUCCUUACCCAGCAACAUCAUCAUGAACUUGAACUCAUUUUUGAAUCCCCUUAUGAUGAUGACGCCGAUGAAAGUACUGUUUUUAUUUGUGAUGUCUGUCAUGACAAUGCAGAUCUUAAUAACUGGUUGUAUUAUUGUGCUGAUUGUGAUUUUGGCACACAUCUAAAAUGUGCCAUUUCCAAAUCUGUCAGACAACAAGAAUCGAAACAGAGGAAAACAGAGAAGGAACCAAUCAAGAUACAAGAAAUUAAUCAAAAAGAGGAAACAGAGGUAUAACAACAAGUAAAGCAAAAAAUCUGAAGCAUUUUAGCCACUCCCAUCCUUUGGAACUCUGUAAAGUUCAACAAUCAAAUGAAAUAAUCUGCUCAGGUUGUGAGGAUGAACUUUGUGACACUGCUAAUUACAAAUGCACAAAAUCCA